AUGUCCACGCACGCGCUCUUACUGGACGAACUUUCCGGCAAAGUUUUCGAAGGAAAUACAAAACUCACGGUCGAUGUCAUCCUAGAAUCCAACCAACAGUUAAACGCGAUCGGAGAGUACGAGUUAGACUUGCAAAAGAAAGGGAUAAAAACGAUUGAAAAUUUAGGCGGCACGUGCGAUCAGUUCGAUUCGAUCGAUUUGAGCAAGAACGAGAUUAUAAAGUUGGAAGGGUUUCCAAAGCUCAAAAGGUUACACACGAUCAAUUUGAACGAGAAUAAGAUCGAAAAGAUAAACGGGACGAAUUUGAGCGAGAAUGUGCCGAAGUUAGAGUGGUUGAUGCUGCAAAAUAAUAAGAUUCGAAAUUUGGUGGACAUCGAUGAAUUAGGGAAGAUGAAACGUUUGCGAUGCGUGAUUUUGAAAGGGAACCCGGUGUGCGCUUUGGAGAAUUAUCGGGCGUAUUGUGUGUAUAAGUUGAACGAUGGAUUGAGAAUGUUAGAUUUUGAACGCGUGUACGCGAAAGAAAGAGAAGAGGCGAAGAAGAUGUUCGAAGGAGACGACGGGAAAGCGGCCAAGGCGAAGACAUUUACAGUCGGGAAGAGAGGCGGAAGAGACGAAGAAGACGAAGAAGAGGAGAAAGACGACGAGAGUAAGAAGAAAAAUAAGAAGGGGAAAAAAGGGAAGAAGCACGACGAGGCAGAGUUGGCGAAGAUUAAAGCCGCCAUCGCGAACGCGACAACUUUGGAAGAAAUUACGCUGCUCGAAAAAGCGAUGGAAACCGGGGUAUUGCCGAGCGAAUAUAAUAAGAACGAGUGA